UUAGCAAACAAUCAUAAGGAGUGAAGAACGACAUUCUAUCUGACGCUUUCUGAUGCACGCAACAUAUCGCUGUUCGAUGUAUACAAGAGACAAGACAACAGUCAAAACAACAUUUUACCAACUUUAAUUUUGUGUUUUGCUUAAAUUGGGGAUUUAUUCAAAUAAAUCUUAAAUAUGUUUUGCGGAAAGCUAAUUCUGUUUGUGCACUAGCUAUGUGGUGAUUGAUUGAACGUGAUAAUGAACAUGGAACCGCAAUCUGAUGCCCAGGAUGUUGAAAAACCCUGCCUGGAUGAUUUUUGCAGACUGUGCUUGCUGCGGAAACCGCUUCUGGUACCGCUAACUAGUGAGUUCAAUGGCAUCAUGAUACCGGAAAUGCUGUGGAAGGUAUCGGGUACGCUGGUGAACGCGCUCGAGAGCCUGCCGCGGGUUCUUUGUGAACGGUGUUUGAACAAACUAGAUCUUGCUUACAAUAUAGGGCGGGAGUUUCGCAAGCAAGAGGAACGAUUGAGGAGCUUUUGUUGGAAAGGAGCGCUAGUUGACGAGUUGGAAAAUUUUCAAUGCACCGAGGACGCGCUGAAAGAGAAUUAUUCCGAAGAAGUUAUACGAAAGUUAGUUCCAGAGCAGAUUGCUGCUAGCAGUGGAGAAGAACCGGUCAGACCGGUGGGAGAAAGCGAAAUAGCGCGUCUUGAUCAGUUGGAUGAUAUUAUUGAGCACGAUGAUUUCAUUGCCGGCGAUCGUUCAGACUCUUCUCUGGACAUUAUUGUGGAGGAACUUAACGAAGGGGAAAUUUCUUUGCCGGAAGACUCGAACAGUGCACUAAUUGUGGAGGAGGAAAUAACACCGGUGAAGACUGAAGUGGUGUUGCCGGAAGAUGAAAAAAGCGGAAUUGGUUAUGAACUGUUGCCAUUUACGGUAGACAAGCUGGAACAGGAGGAAUGGGUUGAUUCCAGUACCGAGAUUGCAUCCGGGCCGAGCAGUUUGCGGAUCACCGAGCCCGAGCCGGAUGAUUUGAUAGAUUUCACCAGCGAAGGGUCGGAGGGGUGUACAGAUUUGUUCGAUUUUGAACAAGUGAUUGUCGAUGAGACGCCACUCAAAGAGGAUAAACCGAAGGUGAAACGGGUUAUCAAAAGUAUAACCAAUGAAAAGGGCGAGUAUGUGUGCAAGUUGUGCUCGAAAACUUUCACUGUGCAAAAGACCUUCCUGAAUCAUGUCAAGCGACAUGAACAUGUAAUUAAUGGAACUUUUAAAUGUGAAAUUUGUUUUAAGGUAUUCGGUACAAAAGAGCGGUUGAUUCGGCACAAUGUGAUCCACAGGCAGAAUUUGUGCUGUGAAUUGUGCGGCUAUGAGUGCCGAGAUGGAUAUGAGUUGCGUGCUCAUCGGAUGGUCCACCGGAAGGGACUGCAUCGCUGUGGGUUUUGCAGUUUCCAUUCAGGAACAAUCCAAGAAUUGCAGCGCCAUGUGGAUUCUGGUUUCUGCCCGAAAAAUCUUCGAUCGAAAAAAUCUCCCGGAAGACCGCGGUCGGGGAAAUCUGCACGUUCGAAGACAAAAGUCUGCCCAUAUGAAGGUUGUGAUUAUUCGGCGGACACCUACGGCGCAAUGUAUGUCCACAAGCGCGCCAAGCAUCUUCAACAGCAUCCUUGUGGAAUGUGCGGCAAGAGGUUUGCCUUCGCAAAUCAGCUUCGGGUGCAUGAGAAAAUUCACACUGGCGAAAAACCGUUCAAGUGCGAUGUGUGCUCUAAACGUUUCCGACGGAUGUUUAGCUACAAGGAACAUAUGGCCAUCCACGAGGGCGACGAUACGUAUGAUUGCGAUAAAUGCGGUAAAACUUUCUCCCGACCGCGGUACCUUGCGGCGCACCUGUCAACUCAUUCAAAUGAACGCCAGUUUACCUGUUUACUUUGUGGCAUUCAGUACAAAACUAAUGGCGAACUGAGCAAGCACAUCCGGUCCAAGCAUGAAGCACUAGAGUACACCAACGGAAACGAUUUGAUCGAGGAAGACUAUGACUAUUUUGAGGAUGAACUUUGUAUUUAAGCGCGAAGAGACAAUUAAUUUUAUUUUAAGUUUGACAAAAAAAAACAGACGAAUCUUACA